AUGUCACGAAAAAGAAGAAGGGGUGUUUUUCGGAGCUCUGAGUUAGGUGGACGAGAUAUCGUCCGAAAGGCACAACUUUACGCUAGAAAGAAUGCACUAACCCUCCCUAAGUUUGAUCUCGAACGUCCCCCUCUUGUUGUUCCAAAAUAUUGUGUAGUUAAUGGUUGCGACAGCCGUGGCCAUGUUGACGGUAUUCGUAAAAAUCACAUAACACUAUCUGGCUGUCCUCGUUUUCAUAACCAGCAAUCCUCAUUCUACCAGGAACUUGCUAGUAAAAAUAAACAAUUUAACGGUGACCAUUUUGAUGCUACUGAUAAUAUUACUACAGGCAGACAAUAUGUCAAGGAAAUGGAACCAUUUUAUGAUGAUCUAGGUACCGCUGAGGAUCUAGAUCUUUUCAGACGAGCUCAGCAAAAACUUGUUACGGAUAAAUCCAAGGAAGUCCAUGAACACAUAAUGAUUUUGUCUAAUUUGAAAUCGGACAGCCAUGUGGACACUAAUUUGUCUGAUUCUAACGGUCCUUUGGACCCUCCUCUCUUUACUGAAAAUAAUGUAAAGGAAAUCGUUAUUGGUGAUUGGGAAAUGAAGACUGUUUACUCUAGUGCAUUUCCUCCCAAUAUUGCUUGCCUUCCACGAAUCUACAUAUGUGAAUUUUGUCUCUCUCAUAUGCCGUUUCUUGAAUACUGCCAUAACUUGUGCCUCGUUGCUAAGCUUUACCUCAAACAGAAGACCGUGCACGAAAUCGAACGUGUUCCCGCCUUUCUCUUUUACGUUCUCACUGUGGCAGAUGAAGCUGGGUGCCAUAUUAUCGGAUACUUUUCAAAGCACAAACCGGAGGAACAAACUCUGCCCAAUGUAAAACCCUACAACAAUCUUUCCUGCGUUUUGGUGUUGCCCCAAUACCAGAGGCAGGGUUUUGGACAUAUGCUCAUUGAUUUCAGUUACCUCCUGAGCCGAGUCGAGAAUCGACUAGGUACUCCAGAACGGCCACUCUCUGACCAGGGUCUUCUAGUAUAUCGUCGAUAUUGGAAGUACAUACUCCUCUCAUUCAUGCUCUCUCAUCAGGGAAGAAGCAUCUCCUUUGACGAUAUCAGUGACGCUACUGGAAUUGUAACGAAGGAUAUCAUCCAAACUCUUCUUGAUAUGGGAAUGUUCAAGUACCUUAAGUCAAAGUACUACAUUGUAAAUGAUAGAGAGAAGAUAGAACAAAUCCUCUCUCAAAUUGGUCAGCCUAAACCCGAUCGAUUAAUUGAUCCCCAAUGUCUUUGUUGGAUCACUGCUGCAGCUCCUAUCUCCAAAGACCCUACCGAUUUCGAACAACCCUCGCCGAGUAUUAUUGGAUCUCCCUAA